UGUCCUCUCCUUCACUUUUAGCUCGUCCUGUCCCUAUGUCUGUGCUCGACUGACACCCGUCUUGGUUGCCUUGCCUGCCCACCUGCCUGCCUGUGUGGUUUGGUUGCCACCACGCCCAUUUUCUGCCAAGGGAAACGUUCAGCCAGUAUUCAUUCAUAUUGCGUCACGUAUCGUUGCCCCGCCCGUUCCAUUUCAUAUCCUCGCCUGUUCACCAAAUCUUCCUGCAGAGGAGUGACGAACUUUGUUCGGCUACCGACACCGGCUCCUCCGGCGUGUGGUUCCACGCUCUCCCACUGCAACCUGUGCGGGAAUCUCCACCCUCCCCUGUCCGCUGUUGUCCUUGUCCGCAUCCCUGGUCUCCCGGGUGGAGCCCAUCGCUCUCCUUCUCUCGUACCCAUUCAAGCGACGCAGCACGGAUCCUGCAGUGCUCGCUUGGCUGAUGGAACCUCUCCAGCCGACACACCGCGCUACUUAUCUACACCCGACGGCGCAUCGAUUUGAAACCUUCUUUCUGUCAUCGCCAUCUUCCUCUUGUGCUGUCACCCCAACCGGUCUGCUAAAGUUCCGAGAACCAAACUAAAAAAAAAAACCCCUACUUACACCACCCGGACUAGACGUCUGGAGCGCCACAAUGGUGUACUGCGGAAAACCCUCGCGGGGCUGCCAGAUGUGCAGGACCCGGCGCAUCAAGUGUGACGAGACCAAGCCGACUUGCAACCAAUGUGCCAAGUCACGGCGGCAAUGUCCUGGAUACAAGGACGAAUUCGACCUGGUCUUCCGCAACGAGACCAAGGCCACGGAGCGGAGGGCGCAAAAGGCCAACCGCAAGGCAUUGGCCCAGAAGCAGGGCCCCCGCCCCGAUGCGGAGGCCGACGGCCGGGGCAGCCAGGCUCUGGCCCACUCCCGGGACCCCUUCAGCAACCAGAUAUCGGUCAUCGUCCCCAACCUUGCCAUACCGCCUGAGCAGCACGCGACAUGCCACUUCUUUGCAAACUUCGUCCUGGUCCCGCACCAGGACGGCUCUCGCGGCUUCAUGGACUACCUCGUCCCAAUGAUGAAGAACGAGUCCAGCGACAGCCAUCUGACGCACGCCUUCAACGCCUGCGCCCUUGCCUCGCUGGGUAACAAGGUCACGGCCAACGGCAUCAACUUUGGAGAGCGUGCUCUGGGUGCCUACACAAAGGCCCUAGCUCAAACAAAUGUUGCCCUCCGCGAUCCAGAGGCCUCCAAAACCGACUCGAUCCUGGCUGCUGUGCUGCUGCUUGGCCUGUUCGAGAACAUUACGGCAAAGCAAAUGGGAAUGUUUGCCUGGGGUUCCCACAUCGAGGGCGCCGUUCAAAUCGUCAAGGCUCGGGGCAGGAAUCAACUGCGGAGCAAAAUUGGCCUUCUGCUAUGGAUCGCUGUCAGAACUCAAAUGAUUAUCCACACACUCACCACUGGCAAGGCGCCAAUAUAUGGGAUCGAGUGGUGGAUGGCUGAUGCGGUCAAGUCGGCGGCGGCUGCGAGUUGCCAAAGCAUCAACAUCAAGGCCGGAGAGCUGCGGGCCGAGGUGACCAAGCUGAUGACGACGCUGGCCCGGACGCCCGAGAACAUCGAGCUCAUGCUCGCGCUGAUACGGCGCGCCCAGCUGAUCGACCAGGAGGCCGUUACGUGGCUCAGGGACGUCCCGCCCGGCUGGCGCCACAAGACGGUGGCGUGGGAGGACAACGUGCCGGGCGGGGACUACUCCAAGGCCGAGGUGUUCCCGGGGCGCGUCGACAUGUACCCGGACUUCUGGAUAGCCAGCGUCACAAACAUGUGCCGCACGUCGCGGCUCAUCAUGGCGUCCAUCAUCGUGCGGUGCGCCGCCUGGGUCUGCUCGCCCGUCGACUACCGCACCACGCCCGAGUACGCGACGGCGGCGCGCACGUCCGUCGACGUCAUCACCGACAUCAUCGCCUCGGUGCCCUACCACCUCGGCUGGCACCUCAGUCGCAAGGACGUCAUCGCGCGCCACGACCUCUCGGGCUUCGCCUGCGGCUCCGACGAGGUCGUCAAGGGCCUGUCGGGCUACUUCCUCACCUGGCCGCUCACGUGCGUCCAUUCGCAGGACUAUACCACUGACGCCCAGCGGGCCUGGGUCUGCGGCCGCCUCAAGUACAUUGGCAACGAGCUGGGCGUGCGCUAUGCUUUGAUGCUUUCAGAGCUCCAGAUCAGGCUUCCGUCCAUGCUCAUCCGCCGGGACGGCCUGGUGGCGCAGCCGUACCCGAACGCGUCAAACGUCGAGCAGCUGCUCUCGUCGGCCAGGCUCGCGCCGCCCACGAGCGGCUACGCAAUGAACCCGCUCCAGCAGCGCGAGGCCAUGCAGAAGCGCCAGUACGAGGACACAAGGGCCGAGAUCCUCACAAAGGCCACGGCCACGGCCGGCCAGUCGGGGCAGUGGCUUGCGAAAAAGAUGUUGGCGGUAUGAGUGGGGGUAUGUAUGAUGAGUAUGUGCAGGGAAAGGGGUGGUGUGUUGGGAGGGUCUGGUGAUACACACCGCAUCGGUUGGGGAAAGUUGGGCAUGAAUUUGUGGGCUCUUAUGGCGUUCUGGCCGGUUCAGGACUGGGAGUUUAUUCAUAGGGUGGCUUAUUCGGUGUUUAUGCUGUUAUAAUUGACUUUGGUCUUUCAUAUGCCUCUUCUAGAUUCCGGAGGCGUCGGGAAAUCGGGACGUCCGAUGCUGCCUGACGAGUGGCGUCCCCGGCGGAGCAUCUAUAAAUGGAUUCAGUCGGGACCAGGGCGGUUCCUUCACUCAGAUGAAAAUAGCUGCAGCGUAUUUAAAUAUUUAAAGCUCGUUAUUAUCCUUUACUC